AUGGAUGCUGGGAUGAUGAGGGUCCCCGUUCGACUCCUGAGUGGGAAAGCUGCAAUACUGGAAGCUUCAAAGGAGACGACCGUCAGAGAGUUCAGAGAGAGGCUGGCAGCUUGGAACUGCGACAAUGAGCUGGACAGAAAGAUCACCUCAGUGGAGAUGAUGAUCGGAAGCAGAGUGUUGAGUGACGAGGGCGGGACGCUACAGGAGGCGGGGGUUUCUCCAGAAGCUGGCGUGAAUGUGGUGUUUCGCCAAAGGAUCGCCGAAUGCGCCACCAAAGGCGAGUCAGACUAUGACCUCGAAUCAGGGGAGGCCCAAGUAUGGCUCAACAUCCCAGAGGGCCAAGAAGAAGUAGAAUCGCGGGCCUUCCGUGGAUGUGUCGCCGUGGCGGGUGCCACCAUACCGAACUCUGUGACUGCGAUUGGCUCUGGUGCUUUCCGCGGAUGCAGGUCUUUGACGAGCGUGACGAUCCCAAACUCUGUCGCUCACAUUGAAGAUUCUGCUUUCGAACGCUGCCGCUCUUUGAGGAGCGUGGCGAUCCCAAACUCUGUCACUCAGAUUGGAGAGCUUGCCUUCGCAGGUUGCAGCUCUUUGACGAGCGUGGCGAUCCCCAACUGUGUCACACAGGUUGAGGAGUCUGCCUUUCAAGGGUGCGGGAAUUUGAGAUGCGUGUCGAUCCCAAACUCUGUCACUCGGAUUGGCGAGUCUGCUUUUUCAGGAUGCCACGCUUUGGCGAGCCUGGCGAUUCCGCACUCUGUCACUCAGAUUGGAGAGUCUGCCUUCGAAUCAUGCAGCUCUUUGACGAGCGUGUCGAUCCCGAACUCCGUCACUGAGAUUGCUACGUGUGCAUUUGCGCAGUCCAUCUCUUUGACGAGCGUGUCGCUCCCAAACUCUGUGAAUCAGAUUGGGCAGUGUGCUUUUUUAGGGUGCAGCUCUUUGACGAGCGUCACGAUCCCGAACUCUGUCAAGCAGAUUGCGCAGUCUUCCUUCGAAUUAUGCAGCGCUUUGGCGAGCGUGACGAUCCCGAACUCUGUCACUCGGAUUGGGCAUUCUGCUUUCGCUGGAUGCAGUCUUUUGGCAAGCAUGACGAUCCCAAACUCUGUCGCUCAGAUUGAAGAUUCAGCUUUCGCUAGAUGCAGCUCUUUGACGAGCGUGUCGAUCCCGAACUCUGUCACUCGGAUUGGGGAGUCUGCCUUCGCAGCAUGCAGGUCUUUGGCGAGCGUGACGAUCCCGAACUCCGUCACUGAGAUUGCCACGUGUGCUUUUGCACAUUGCAUCUCUUUGACGAGCGUGUCGAUCCCAAACUCUGUCACUCACAUUUGGCAGUCUGCCUUUUCAGGAUGCAGCUCCUUGACGAGCGUUACGAUCCCGAACUCGGUCAAGCAGAUUGCUGAGUCUUCCUUCGAAGCAUGCAGCGCUUUGACGGGUGUGACGAUCCCCAACUCCGUCACUCGGAUUGAAAAUUCUGCUUUCGCUGGAUGCAGCGUUUUGGCGAACGUGACGAUCCCAAACUCUGUCGCUCAGAUUGAAGAUUAUGCUUUCGCUGGAUGCAGCUCUUUGACGAGCGUGUCGAUCUCGAACUCUGUCACUCGGAUUGGGGAGUCUGCCUUCGCGGCAUGCAGGUCUUUGGAGAGCGUGACGAUCCCACACUCUGUCACUCAGAUUGACACUCUGGCUUUUGGACACUGCAGCUCUCUGACGAGCGUGACGAUCCUGAAUCCGGCCACUCGGAUUAGCGCACUGGCCUUCGCUGGACCUGAGAAGCUCCUGCGAGGUUCUGGCAUCUCUUAA